UAUAUGGUUUGUUUUAAAUCGCAUCGUUAACAAGUAUGGAAUCAUAUUUAUAACAGAAUAACAUGGCAAAUUCAACUUUAGUUAAUUAAUGGAAUACUUACCAAAACGGUCGAUUCCAACCCAUUAUCUAAGCCUCGUUUUCAUUUUCCUGUCGUGCAUACCAUCACCUGUUUAUGGAGUAUCCCUGGGGGAUCCGUGUAUGGCUAACAGUGAUUGUAGCGACCUUGGAAAUUCCGAGUGCACCCGAAUAUUUGAUUGCGUCACCGGAAGUUGCACGUGUCAAUCUGGAUAUGGAAACGAAACUGGAACUGGAUGUAACAAGAUAUUAAGCAGUUUUAAUGAGCCAUGUCGGACGGGGUAUUACUGUAAUGAGGCUAACCAAAUAUGUGACACAACAACUGGUCGUUGUGCUUGCACCACGUGGUACGAUUACCAUUCGACGGCGAAAGCAUGGGUUUUGAGGACUUACAAAAUACUGAAAGAGUCUUGCGGAGGGCAGUAUAACUUGCAAUGUCUUCAACCGCUUCUUGAUUCGGGCGGGGAAUGUGACGGAACUUGUGACUGUCGAUCUGGAUAUGUCGCCGACACAUCCGAAUCUUACACCACUUGCAGAGCACCGAGAUGGGGUGAAAGUUGUCAGUGGUUACCACAGUGUGUUAUUUCGUUCGAUACUAAGACGAUAUCAGACGACACUUCAAACAAUGUGCCCACGUGCAGGAACAAUAUUUGCUCGUGCCCUCCAUCCCACGACCAUAGAUAUGUAAAUGGGUACCAUCUUUGCCUUAAUAAAGUUGACGAUGGAUUUGAGCGGUAUAAAAUCGGUGAAAAUUGUACACACUUCAGCGAAUGUGAAAGUUUCUUAUGUGUAAAAUGUCCUGGUUCAUCAAGCGGGAUAUGCAUGCAAGAAACUAUCAUAUUACGUGUAUAUAACUCUUUCCGGUACAUGCAACUUAAGAUAUUUGAGCCCUCAAGAGCUCGUUUAUACUCGACACAAUUCGGCAAUUGUGACAAGUCGCAACAAACUAGUGUUAUUUUACAGAGAGGUAAAACGAAGCCGAAUGCAUGCGAAUCAUUAUGGAAUUAA